UAAGAUGUCGCGGGAGGGAGGGAGAAAAAUGAUAAAAAUUAUGGACUAAAAACGUUCAAAGUCCAUUGUUAACUAAUAUUUUGUUUUCUUGUUGUUGUUAGUUUAUUUGCUGGAGGAAUCGGAGUUGUAGGCUACCUAGCGUGAAAUUGUUUUGUAAACUUUUCCCUUUUCGUAGUGGAGUGGAGAGUGGAGGUUAUGGUAUCCCACUUAGGCCUAUUUGUAUUCUGUGCUUCAGCUAUGAAUAGACAGUGACUUUAAAUUACAUUUAAUAUGAUAAUAGACAGCAUUCACGUGCAAUGUAGCACUUGUCCUCCAGAGGUGGAUGUGGGGGAGAGCUUAGAACACUAAAUUGCUUCCACUGAUUUGAAAUAAAGGGCUAUAAUAUGAGCACUGGGACUGACCAGAGAAUCAUCCUCGGGCUUGACAUUGGCACCACGUCUGUCAAGGUUUGCCUGGUGGACUGGACUGAGGGCAAGGUGGUGGCACGCCAGACAAAGGAUACCCAGGCCAAUGUACCUAGUGAGCUGGGGUGUGAGGGCAACAAGCAGAAUGUGCCCAAGAUCAUGUCAGCAGUUCACAUCUGUGUCUCUCGGCUACCCAAGGAACUGCUGCGCCAGGUGGAGAUUAUUGGAAUCUGUGGACAAAUGCAUGGGGUCAUGUUGUGGCACUAUGACACCUCAGCUCCGUGGGAGAGAGCAGACAUAGAGAGUUCUCGCUAUGACAUUGUCCCUACCCAGGUGUCCAACCUUUAUACCUGGCAGGACUCAAGAUGUGAUCCUGAUUUUUUGUCUUCUCUUCCUAAACCUGACUCACACCUCAGAGCUUACUCAGGUUAUGGAUGCAAUACACUAUUCUGGAUUGCUAAAAAUAGGCCAGAAAAGCUUGAAAGAUUCAACUGUGCGGGGACAGUGCAGGACUUCAUGGUUGCUAUGUUGGCCAAUCUGAAGCGCCCUGUGAUGUCCGUGCAGAACGCUGCAUCGUGGGGCUACUUCAACACAGAAGAUCACAGUUGGAACUCUGAACUGCUGGAGGGAGCUGGCUUUCCCACCAGUCUGUUGCCUGAGGUUAUACCAAGUGGAGAUGUGGCUGGAACAUUGGCAGAUCAGUGGCAUGGAAUCCCUGUUGGAACACCCAUCGCUGCAGCUCUAGGAGAUCUGCAGUGUUCAGUUUUAGCAACACUUCGGAAUUUGGAUGAUGCUGUUUUGAACAUUUCUACAUCCGCACAGCUGGGAUUUGUUGCUGCUAAUUUCCAAACGGAUCAAGUCGAUGCCUCCAGUCCGGUAGAAUAUUUCCCAUACUUUGAUGGCAAGUACCUGGCUGUGGCAACUGCUCUCAACGGAGGUAACGCUCUGGCUACCUUCAUACAGAUGCUGCAGCAGUGGACAUUAGACCUGGGCUUCAACAUGCCUCAGAGUAGUGUGUGGAGCAAGGUGCUAGAAUUGGGGUCCCAGGACUCUUCUGAGUCUACCCUGUGUGUCAUCCCCACCCUGCUAGGCGAGAGACACUCACCACAACAGAAUGCUUCCAUCACCAACAUAGACCCCGGCAACCUGGGACUGGGUCAGGUCUUCAAAGCCAUCUGUCGGGGAAUCAUAGAGAACCUACACAGUAUGAUGCCACGUGAAAUGCUGCUCAAGGCCAACAUCUCCAGAAUCCUGGGGAUAGGUUCGGCACUCACUCGCAACCCAGUGCUGCAGAGUGAGGUGCGGCAGUGCUACCAACUGCCUGUAGUGUUUGUCCCCGGAGGUGACGCAGCCUGGGGGGCAGCCAUGGCUGUCAGCAGAAACUAGACACCUACCUCCCAAUAUGAUUUGACUCGACCUCCAAAAGAGGGUGCUGCUAACCUUUACAUGCUGAACAAACUUCCCACUGUUACUUCCAACAACCACUGCUGGUUUGAGCAGUAAGUGGGUCCAAAAUUGGUGUAAACUUUACUACAUUUUUAAAUGGCACAUUUUAACCAAGUUAAGUUUAAUUUUCGGUAAUGAACUGGAAAUAAUUUUUUGGCCAAACUCAGGUCGGGUCGAGCUGAGCUUUUACUUUUGCAAUCCCUGAGAUCUGCAAAGAUGUGCAUUCCAAUUUUGUCAAUUUUGGUAAAAUCGUGGUAAUGUACUGUAUAUGGUUUAUGUUCACGAUUUUGCCAAAACCGCUGAAGAGGUAGUUUUUGCCAUGCCUGUGGAAGACGUUGAUGAUUUCACCAAUGCUGCAGAUGUUGUCCUUGAUUUUGCCAUUACUGCAAUUAAGUAUUCGUUUAUUAUUUCAUAUUUUCAUAAAUCAAUACUUUCAAAUCAAUCUGAUUUUGAACUGACCCAAUUUUGGCCCAAUACCAGAGAUCCAUUAUUUUUUAACAGAUCCAAAUAAAAAAAGUCUGGCCCUCAAAUCCCUAGUGAUAAUUUAAUACAGUAUUAUGUAGUCAAACAGAGUAAAGUAAAGUUAUAACAGAUUCAUAAGGUUUGAUAAAAAGCUUUUAUACCUGUACGGUAUAAUAUUAGAGAAAGGAAUAAAUAAAGAUACAGUUUUUGACUAAAACCAUUAGUCUCAGAUAACUUUAUUAUAUGACAUUUCUAAUCUUGACCUUGGUGAGUUUUUUAAACCUCAAUUUUUUUGCCAGUAAAACUUAGUCUGUAUAUCUUUUCAUUAUACACGAUAGGUACUCUAAAAACAAAAACAAGUACAAUAUUGCUUACAGAAUUCUGUAAGAGUGAUAUCGAAAUAAGUAAAGUUAUUUUGAAUAUGUAAUGUUACCUAUGAACACCCUAUGAGCAGAGUAUAUGAUUUGUUUAUGACGAUGUUAAGUAACCAGGGAGUUGAGGGAUUUCAUAUGUUUGAUGUCCUUUACUGGCUGCAUCCAUACACUAACCAACACAAGUAGACAUCUCAUCCUAUUGUAAACUUUGAAGCUAGUUUUUUGUGUCUAGUUCAUGUAUGAUGACACUGGGCGCUAGUGUGGACAACAUUUUUUUCUAUUAUUUUAGGGUUAACUUCUUGAUUUGUGCUUUACUGUUUGGUUAUAUCACUAGGGGAAGAGUUAUUGUUUAUGAUUAGAUCGUAUUAUUUGGCUAAACGAGGUUUUAAAUGACAAGAAACAAAUUGUAAACAAAACACGACCUCUACAGUACGCUGUACAGCGCUAACAAUAAAAUUGUCUUCAGCUGUUCCAUAUGGAUGAGAAAUCUACUAAGGGAGUGUGUUUUAUCCAUGCUGCAGCUCUGUUUUUUUGUUGAGGUCAGUCAGUGUCAUGGCCACUGUCAACGUCUGAAGUUGAUUGUUAACUGAGGAGGUACAGAUAUAUUUUCCUCUUCAGAUAUUUCCCUCUUUUUGCUAACUAAGAAAAAUAUACUGCAUUUGGAACAUAAGCAAUUUUAUUUUUACUGUAGUACUUUUAAACAGAGAAGAUUUUCUUUAACUUUAGGGUACUUGAUUUUUUUAACCCAAUAUAAAACAUUAAACAUCAAAUUUAAAAAUUCAUAUAUUUAGAACACGUGUUUAUCCGUAAAAAAGAAAUGGAUAAUUUUAUUGUAGUUCAUAAAGUAUGUACAUUUAUUUUACGUUAUUCAUUAGUAAAAUUGUUGUUUUACUAAUUUUAAUAGGAUUUAAUACUUGGAUUAAUUUAUCAUUGUAUUCCUGAAAGAAUUGAGAAGUAGCUUUAAAACUAGUUUAGGAAUUGUAUGGAGUGCACAAACUGCAUGGUAUGUUGUCAGUAUUUAAAAGCACUUAUACUCUCUAUUUCCACAAUGUGAUUAAUAGUAGUAAAUCUGGAAGCUUUGAGUGAUGUAGAAGUAAUCUCUAGUUAUUCAUGAAAUACAGUAUUGGAAUUAUUUUGACUCAGCAUUUAUAACAAAAGUAAACACAAUGUAUCAUAUAUAUAUUUAUACACAUUAGCUUAGAUUUAGAUUAUAAAUUACUGUCAUUUAUAGUUUCAGCUUUCAGUUUGUCAAAAUUACGACCAACAGUUUUUAUGUUGUGGAACAUGGGUGUAACCAUAGAUUAUGUUGUAUAACGUCGCUUUUAUGUUCAUAAUUUUGUUUGCAGAACCUUUCAAUGCAAUAUUGAAAUAAUAUGCUUUAUGGCAACAGUCUCAACAAUUUUUCACAAACUGCCGUGAGAAAUAGAUGUGAAUGAAUAAUAAUUUAUCAUGUAAUAUAUUUUUUUUUUUUAUCUAAAAGUUAAGGCUGUUGAUUAUCUAUGAAUCAUGACAAACUGAAGGGUGAUUUGACUUUCUGUGAAUGUUGGUUGUUUCAAUUCAAUAAAUAUAUUUUUAGGACAUAUUUGCUAUGAAACAAAUCUAUUUAAAUUUUUUAUCGACCAAAACAGUGUAGACAAAUAAAACAUUUUCUAAAAUUCUUUUGAUAAGUAUUUUUGAAAGUGAGCAUUUAAUCAAAUUUUAGCUAAAUAUUUAUAUAUUCAACUGUAUACCUCGAGUAAACAUUCCAAUUUCAAUGUUACCCUUUACCUACUUCACAUUCUUUACUUUUCUCUUUACUAAGGAUAUACUACUAGGAUUAAUUGGUUUUAGGACCAACAAUUGCGUGAUUUUCUUUUAUUUAAUUUUAUGACGUGAACAAUAAUCCUUUUAAAUUUUCUUAGAUUGACAUAUUUAUAUUUUAAUUUACCAAUAUGCCUCUAGUCAGAAUGUUGAACAAUGUAAAUUAAUACUCUGUAUUUUCAACCAUUAGAAUUAUUGUAGGCCUAAGAGAAAUUAUCUAAUUUUAUAUUCAAGGUUAUCUGAUAAAAAUGUAGGGUAUUUGCCAUGAAUCAUUAAAGAAAUUAGCAGGAAAGCAGGCUUACCUUUAAAUAAGUCCUUAGAGACACAUAAAUUAUACAAAACAAAAGUAGAAAUUUUCAACCACUGGAGAAAUGGCAAUGGCAGUUGCAAUUUGAAUCUAUUUCACCUUGUCAGGGUUGCCAUUUGCUAACACAGCUCAAGAGACUAAACAUUGUUUAUACUGUUGCAUAUGUUUAAUAUUGUUCACUCAUUAUGAAUAAUCCACUUUGUUUAUACUGUUCUAUAUUUACACUAGCCUGCUAUGAAAGGUGAGGAAUGGUGAUUAUCUUAUAUUAAGGUUUGGUGGGUUUUUAGAGUGGGUGAACCAUUGGUAGCUUAAUUCCCAUCUUCUCAGUUCUGAGUGGUUGCAGUUUGGAGGCAGCUGUUUUAUUAUUUUUGAAGAAAAACAGCAAUUGAAAUCAGAUUUAGAGUGUGAUGAGACAUGGUU